UGGCGGCGGCAAUGGCGGCGCGGGGCCGGUGCCCCGGCUGCGGCUCGGCCGCGCUGGUGGAGGACGCGCACUACGCGCAGCAGCAGCUGGUCUGCGCCGCCUGCGGCUGCGUCCUGGCCGAGGGGCUCCUCACCACUACCUACACCGAGGAGGAGCACCUGCGAGAGGUGGCCUAUUCCCAGAGCACGGGGCAGAAGGAGCAGCUGAGCCGCUCCCUGCAGCGAGGGAUCAGGCGGGUCCAGGACCUCUGUAAAGUCCUCCAGCUCCCGAAGGUGUUUGAGGAAACGGCGGUGUCGUACUUCCAGAGGGCCGUGCAGCACCCCUCCUUCCACCUGGUCAGUCUGGAGAAGAAGGAGCUGCUGGGGGGCUGCUGCGUCUUCGUGACUUGUCGGCAGCACAACUGGCCCGUGACGAUGGGGACGAUCUGCUCCCUCCUGUACGCCAAGCAGGAGCUGUUUGCCAGCGUCUACCUGAGCCUGCAGAAGGAGCUGGAGCUCUCUGUGCCGGCCCUGAGCCUGGCUGAGCUGGUGAAGACCCACCUGAACAGCUUCCGGCUGUUCCAGCGCGCGGCCGACGUCCCUGCCCAAUUUGUGGAGGACAAGGAGAAGGUGGUGGCCCGGACGAUGCAGGUGGUGGAGUUGGCCAGCGAGACGUGGCUGGUGACGGGCCGGCACCCCGUCCCCAUCGUCACGGCGGCGGCGUUCCUGUCGUGGCAGUCGCUGCAGCCCGGCGCCCGCCUCGCCUGCUCCCUGGGGAGGUUCUGCAAGCUGGCGGGUGUGGACCUGCCACCACCAGCACACCUCAGGCUGAAGGAACUUCUCGAGAUCCUCCUGAGAAUGGCCUCCCAGCUCGCCUGGCUGAGGGUGUUUAAGCUGGACAAGAAAACUGUGGUCAAACACAUGGGGGACUUGCUGCAACACCGGAUUUUCCUGCUGAAAAACGCCUUCAGCCUGCAGGACGGGGAGGAAGAGGGUGCUGCGGCCCCGGGGGAGGGGUCCCCUGACUCUCCUCCGGCAGCAGGAGGGGCGGCGCAGGAGAAGGGGUGUCCCUCGGGAGGGAAACGGCAGCGUGAGGGUGGCCCGAGGCCCUUGCUGCCCCCCUGCCUCAUCAACCCCAGGAAGAGACUGCGGACGGCAGCCCCGAGCCCUUCGGACUCCGCCGUCACCGGGGACGAGCCCAUCUCCGACAGCGAGAUCGAGCAGUACCUGCGGGGCCCCGAGGAGAUCCAAGCCAUCAGCAAGGCCAAGGCCUGGCCAUGAAGAUGCUCGUCUGGAGGACAGUGCUGCCAGAGACACUGUGGGACCAAAAGGGAGAAACCCGAGGUGACAGAGCCAUCCCACACUGCAGGGACACUCCCCCAAGGGAGCGGGGUUGUGGGGAAGGAGGGGGCUGCGUCCCCUUUCAUAGUCUGGACCAAAAUGGGACUUUUUAUAGAGUAAGUCCUCCUGGUUAUGUUGUGUUUCUGUUAGAAAUAAAUGGAAGCACAGGG